AUGGAACUCAUGACCCUUAAGCCGUUGCUUGCUUCAAAGCUAAACGUUUCAGGUUUCAGCCCUAUGCAUUUAGCUCUGCAAAACAACCACAUUCCAUUGGUGAGAGGGUUUGUGGCACUCGACAGCAGCUUAGUCAGAAUCAAGGGAAGAAGAAGGAUUACUCCUUUGCAUCAUGUGGCUCAGAUAGGUGAUGCAGAAUUGUUGAGUGGAGCUCUUGUUAGCUUGUCCUUCUUCCAUAGAAGAUUUGUGAGACGGCUUUGCACAUUGCUGUGGAGAACCAACAGCUUAUGGCAUUUAAGGUUCUAUUGGGAUGGCUCAAGAGAGCAAACAGGAAGGAAAUCUUGGACUGGAAGGAUGAAGAUGGUGCUGAAGUUACUGCAUAGAACCGUCAACGUAAAAGCUAAGAACUUGGAUGGCAAAACAGCAAUGGACAUACUCCAAACUCACCAAUCUCCUUGUUUCCCGGAAGCAAGAAGACUUCUCCACAGUGUUAAAGAAAAACUUCUUUGA